AUGAGCCAGUACAACCGUCCAGGAGACAAUGGUCGUGCCUACGACUCCUAUAAUUCCUCGCAGCACCAAGGCUACGCUGAACAGGAGUACCUCGCAGACUCAUACCAGCACCACCAGCCACAUGCGUACGCACAACACCAGCAGCAAUCCUACUCUGCAUACGACCAGCCACAGCCCGAAUACUCGGCGGCGCCCGUCAAGCCCCAGAGGCAACCCUCCAGAGUCAGAUCCAACUCGUCUGGCAGCCGCUCUGGCGCUCACCCUCCUGCCACCUACCACCAGCAAGACAUCCCUCCGGUCCCAUCCAAUGUUUCGGCCGCUAGACAGAGAACCGCUCCCAGCCAGCCGUAUAACCAGGACAGCUUCUCCCGACCCUUGCAACCAUCCACUUAUAGCACCCAUCCAUCGCAGUGGGAUCCCAACGCGUCUUACGACAGAGCCCCCUCGGGCCCUCUCUAUGACCCUGCUCCGCUUCCUGCUUCUCGCGACUACGACCCGGACCACACGCAAAGCAUCGAUCUAGGCACGCGCGAACCAGUCUACGACGAGCGAGAGAUGCAGCAAAACUACCCCUACGGCGGUGCAGCCGCUUUCCAGCGCUCCGAGAGCUAUCAGUCGGGUAGGCCAGGCGGGAGUGGUUACCACGCCGUCGACGACGAAAAGAGUCUCUACUCCAAGCAGAGCCAUCAGCCACCUGGCGCCUGGAACGCGAGCGCGCCCACGAUGGCUUACAAUGAGAUGCCAGCCUCACACUCAAUGAUCCAGAUGGGGCAGCCUGGCUACCCUCCCAACGCCUACGGCGAACACGCCAUGCCUGAACCCUACAUCGGCGGUCUUGGUGCUCCCGGUGUGGUCAUCGCCUCCGCACCUGUGCCCACCCUCCAGCAUCAAGACUCGAGCUUUCAGCGAGAGAACCGCGACCGCAUCAUGCGAAAGCGCACCGUCAAGCGCAUCCCGCUCCAGGACGGCAAUCUUGUGCUCGACAUCCCCGUCGCCUCGAGCAUCAGCAAGUCCAACACCAACAACCCCGAGUUCGCCGAGAUGCGUUACCAGGCCUGCACCUCGGACCCUGACAAGUUCAUCGAGGAAAAGUACACACUCCGUCCCUGGAUGUACGGCCGACAGACCGAGAUGGCCAUCGUGCUCACGUGCUACAACGAAGACGACGUGCUCUUUGCGCGAACCAUGGGUGGGGUCAUCAAGAACAUCGCGCACCUCUGCAGUCGCACGCGCUCCAAGACGUGGGGUCCCGAGGCGUGGAAGAAGGUGGUGGUCAUCAUUGUCGCCGACGGACGUAAGAAGGCCAACGAGCGCAUGCUCAAGGCGCUCGGCUUGAUGGGCUGCUACAACGAAGGCGUCAUGAAGGACCACGUCCUCAAAAAACCCGUCGAGGCGCACAUCUUCGAGUACACCACGCGCGUCCAAGUCACCGAGAAGGGCGAGGUGCAGGUCACCCCCUGUCCCAUCCAGGUCGUCUUCUGUCUCAAGGAGCAGAACAAGAAGAAGCUCAACAGUCAUCGAUGGUACUUCAACGCCUUUUGCCAGAUGCUCCAGCCCAACGUCUGCAUCUUGUUGGACGUCGGCACCAAGCCCACCGGCACAUCGAUCUACGAGCUCUGGAAGAGUUUCGAUAAGCACCCGCGCGUCGGUGGUGCUUGUGGCGAGAUCUGCGUCGACACCGGUCGUGGCUGCACCGCGCUCUUCAACCCGCUCGUCGCUUCGCAGAACUUUGAGUACAAGAUGUCCAACAUCCUCGACAAGCCCACCGAGUCGGUGUUUGGUUUCAUCUCGGUGCUCCCCGGUGCCUUUUCGGCGUAUCGAUACAAGGCGCUACAGGGAAGGCCGCUGGAGAUGUACUUCAAGGGCGAGAAGCUGCACUCAGGCGAAGGCAGCAACUCGAUCUUUGAGGGUAAUAUGUACCUCGCCGAGGACCGUAUUCUGUGCUUCGAGCUGGUCACCAAGGAGCGCGAGGGUUGGCUCUUGCGAUAUGUCAAGUCGGCCAAGGCUUACACCGACGUCCCCGACCGUGUGCCCGAGUUCAUCUCGCAGCGUCGACGAUGGCUCAACGGCUCGCUCUUUGCUUCGUACUACGCCGUGUGGCAUUGGUACCGCAUCUUUACGUCGGGUCAGCCGUUCUUGCGCAAGAUCUGGCUGCUCUUCCAGGUCAUCUACAAUCUGGUGCUGCUCGUCUUCAGCUGGUUUGCCAUUGCCAACUUUUUCCUUGCCUUCUACUUCCUGCUAAACGCCUCCACUAGUGCUACGGGCAGCGAUCCGUUCGGCGGUCAGGGUCCCGCCAUCAUCGAGGUCUUCCAAAAUGUCUUUAUUGCCAUGGUCAUCGUCGUACUCGUCUGUUCGCUGGGUAACCGACCCCAGGGCUCCAACUUUGCCUACACGUCGGCGAUCAUCAUCUUUGCGCUCAUCAUGGGGCUGGUCCUCUACGCCGCGGGGUAUACGACCUAUCUGGCGCUGGACGCUGCUGGUCUCACCCACACGCAGGGUUGGUCCACGUCCAACUUUGAGACGCUCUUCAAGACGUCUGGGUUCCGCGAUAUCGUCAUUUCGCUGGCGGCGACGUACGUCAUGUGGCUCGUCUGCUCGAUCUUGCACUUUGAGCCGUGGCACAUGCUCACCUCGUUCGUCCAGUACCUCUUCCUCACGCCGACGUACAUCAUCAUUCUGUCGAUGUACUCCAUGUGCAACACCAACGAUCUUUCGUGGGGAACCAAGCAGUCGAAUGGCCCUGCGACCGAUCUUGGUGGGGCAACGGGUUCCGGCUCGAAGCAGGAUGGCAAGGGUGAAAUGGUCGAGGUCAAGAUCCCCACUUCCGCCAACGACGCCGAGGAACUCUGGUCGCACUACCGCCAAACGCUCUCGCAACCCGUCAAGGAGGUCAAGCAGAAACGCGACAAGGCGACCAAGCAAGAGGACCACGCCAAAAACUUCCGCACCAACCUCGUGCUGCUUUGGAUGUGCUCCAACGCCGUCGUCGUCAUUGUCUUCACCAGUACGUGGUGGAACAGAUACGUGCGAAACCAUAUUUACGGGGGUGCGGUCCGAAGAGGCGAACCGGUCAUCAACCCGUAUCAGUCGGUCAUCUUUUGGUCCACCGCCGGGCUGUCGGCCGUGCGCUUCUUGGGUAGUAUCGCUUUCCUCAUCCUGCGCCUGUUUGGCCACUGA